GACCUUCACAGCAGCAACGCAGCAGCAAACAUGUUCAAUGGCUAUGCCAAACGCGACUCUUCAGCAAGGAUGUGUCCCGAUGGAGAAGAGUGCUUGUACAGCGAUUGUCCUUACGCACAUCCUGGAUAUCCUGAUUUACAACGCCAAAUUUGCAAUAUGCAACGCUGGAACUUGUUGACUUGCGCAGAAAGGCAUCCAUAUGAUUGGUACCACAGUCGCUGUGAGCGCGGGAGGGAAUGUCGUUUUAGUGAUUGCAGAGGAUCUCAUCCAAAGCGACCGCGCACAUGCAGAAGCGCAAAUCACUGCGCCAACCCCGAGUGCGGGUUGCUGCAUCCCCGGUCAUGGCAAGCGCCUGCGGCGGAAGACACACAGCAGGCUCAGGAAGCUGAGGAGGGCGAGGAUGCUGCGGAGUUCAAUGAGUGGGGCUUCCCCAUUCGUUCUGAAGGGCGAACCAAGAUGUGUGAAUUUUACCGCAGCACCGGAUGGUGUAAAUUUGGCUCUCUUUGCAAUGCUCAUCAUAAGGGCGCCGGCGGCUCGGAAAAAGGGGUGUGGCUUCAAGGCAGGCUAAAGAAGGACGAAUGGCAGGAACAGGAGGGCGUGAUUCAACGUGCGCACCUGGGUUUUGUGGUACAAGUCCAAGGUCGCAACGGCACGAAGACUGAGUGGAAGGUUCCAGAUUACGCGUGGCCGUUAGAGUGCCCCAUUCCACCAGAGGAGACUGGUGGCUUGCUGGAGUGUUUCUGCGGAGAUGGCGAUGUACUCAAAUACAUUCGAGUGAGGCACGAGCCCAAAAGAUCGAACAAGGAAUGGUACCGACCCGUAAUUUUAGCGCAAGAUCCCAAGGAAUAUCCAUGGCUGGAUGUGGUUGUGGUCAAUGGCGAAAGCGAAAGGGCACAGAUCCCCAUUCAGCUGCCCACGUACCGCGUGCCCUUGAAAAAAGGCAUGUUGGCGGAGCUCAUGUGCAGCGGCACUUACGGGAAGAAUGCUGUGGUCGCCGUGCUUCAUCGCCCGGAUGACUUAAAGCUUGAGGUGAAGUAUUCUGCUAUAUUAUGGACCCUCCCAGCGGCAGUCUGAACAAUCCCUGACACGGGGCCUUGAGACCUUUCAGCUGAGGACGCGCAGGAGAGGUCUGCAGACCUCAGCGCGAUAACUGGGCUGCAGGCACGAAGCACUGCCGCUUUCGAGGAUUUCUGCCGCUACGUUCUGCUUGAUGGCUUCACCCGGCUUAUCUACACAAGCAACCCUUUGGAAGAUUUGCAAAGUGCCGAUCCCGACGCGCUUAUGAAGUGCCAGCCAAAAGUAUCAAAGCCAGUCGAUGCCAAAUGGAGCAACAGAUUCAGAUGGCUUUGCAAGCUUUUGGAGUGGCUUUUGGCCAUCAAAGGCGGGUCCUUCCGCGCUCAGUAUAAAACUACUUCAGAAGGUAAAGACAACAGAUUAAUCAAAGACAGUGUCGUCUUAAAGAACGGCAUUUUGCAGAAUCUGUUGAACGAACUUCAAAACCUGCACGUACAGUCUGAGACCUGCGAGUGCGGCAAGGUGAAGAUGAAAUGUCCUCUUUGCGAGCAACUGUUUUGUGGCCAGCCAAAUGUUCAUCGCGAGCCCAGCAUGUGUGUUGUGGACGAUGUCCACCCUAUUUUCCCAGACUCAGGUGAUGCAGUCCAGAACGCCGCGAGUUUGUUAAGGUGGGCCUUGCAACAAACUCUCCAGCAUGUAUUCAUGAGAGGCCUCCUGGACAGCAGGAGCUCGCACGGAUUUCAAGAAAAGAAGCCGACGCUUAGGGAUUGGGUGCCUAGUUUUCGAGAGCAUCUGCAGUUCCAUCGAAAAGACCUGACCAAACCUGCAGACUAUUUUGAGCAGAGCAGAAAGGAGGAUAUGAUGUUUUUUGAGCAAGAGAUCAAUACAAAGAUAAAAGAGGCCUUGACUGGGCAACGCCAUGCAGUGAAGCACCUGGGCUCAGACGGCGACAUGAACGAGUUUGUGCUGAACAACAUGCGUCCAGAAGGUUUUGGGCACUUGCUUAGUUUGAAGUAUGGCAUCCGAUGCAGCACAGUACACGGCUCCAACUCUGUUACGCUGAAGCAUGUCCUCCAGUCUUUCCCUACAGCUGAGGAGUUGUUGCAGGCUUUGACUGGUGUGCCAAUGGUCAGGCCGCAGGCAGUGUCCGGGGAUAUCCGAGAAUUGCUGCAAUCACAGCCGUUUUGGGAUGUGUUUUGGCUGGACUGGAACGGCGUUUUGAAUCGAGAAGACCGCGACAAGAUUUCGACGAAGGAUUGGAGGCACGAGGAGCUGAAAGAAGGAGGAAUUGUACUGAAAAACAGGUCGCAGAUAUACAGAUUCAACGACCCAAGCCCGACCGACCUUGGUUGCAUCACAGUGUGUUGCGCCAGCAAUGAGAGAGAUCCCAUGACAACAUCCAAGUGCAGGUUGGAGCGGGGCGGAGGCGCUGAAUCCUUGAGCUUCAACUUGCACUUUUGUUAUGAGCACGAGCUCCAAGCAAAGAUGCCGCACAAGUGGAUGAGAGUUGCCUUGAAGCGAACAGGCAAGCCUUUUGGCGACUGUUUUACGGAGUUUGAAAGCAGAUCUGACUUGUCAGAGCUUGCGGAGUGUUCAGCUCAUGUGCUGGUGGGCAAGACGGGGAAGUUCACAGUCAGAAGUGGUGCGCUCGACGCAAACCCAGAGGAUGAGGACUUCCCACUCAAGAUGUACACUCAGGAUUCAUACUAUGAAUACCUGACAGGCACAGCGGUGGUGCACUGGGAUGGCUCAGAGAGUGAAUUGAACCGGCAAGAGCGGCACUACGAGCGCGGUGAUGGUGGCAAGCUCCAGCUUGUGCAGUUGCAUCCGACCUUGGCGACUAACAACAAUUCCGAAGCCAACAAUUCCGAUGCUAAGGCAGUUGCUGAUUUCUGGCGGAAGAUCUACGAUCGAAUCGAGCACUGCGAACGUCAUGCUUUUGUCUACCAGCGUGAGGUUGAGGCGGACUUAGACUUCACCAGAAUGGCAGCCAUUGUGCUAAACAACGCGUUGAUUGACACAAUUGACUCAUUUUUCGGCAAAACAAUUGCCCCCAAGGCAGAUGAGAUGACCUUUAUGAAGCCGCCCCCGCCCGGCAGUGAACCAAUGCGAGAAGGGUAGGGCGCCACCUAUUGGGGCAAGCGACCAGGAGGGAGACCUGGAUGUGGCCAUUCAUCAUAUUUCGAGCUAUUUGCUCCCCCGGUGACCCGGUGAAGUAGGGCUUUUAGGAAUCUGAGCGUUUAAGAGACGCGCGGUGGUUCGAAAUCCACUACACCAAGUUGGUGACCAUCCAGUGCCGCGGGACACAAAUCGACGCCGCCUUGCCAAGAUGACGCCAAGGCCGUCUCAAAGUGCUUGCUUCAUGCCAUCCCGUCCCCAUUUCAUGUGCAUGAUCUGGACCCGAAUGGACCCAGUGGGGAGAUACCAAGUAAAUGACUUUGGAGCGCGGUCCCAUGCUGGGAAGCCGCUCCAGGGGAGCGGGUGACUUCGCCCGGAGGCGGAGCAGCAUGAGGCGUGCACCCUUCUGGAUUUGAGGGAUACAGGAAAUGUCUGGACAUGAUCCAGAGCGUGGAUGAGCGCGUCUGCCACAGGAGCCGACUUCCAGAAAGAGAAGGACCGAUGGGGCCUCAAGGCCUCAAGGACCUGGAGGUUGACACGCGCACAGGCCUAGCCCUUGAGGCAAUCGAUUUGUGAAGCUUUCCCAGGGAGUUAUUCCAGUGCCGAGUGGUGCAGUUCCAUUGAAAAACAGGAUGACCGUCCUUUGUCAAGGGCUUUUCACAUCGCGCCAUGAUGGCCAUGUAUGUAGGAAAGUGUGGCUAUGUGGGCACGCCACUACACUGGGACAUUAGGCAGUUUCAGCUUGGUUUUAGCUGCCAUCAGUAGGGUUACAAGCGUACUAGACCCAAUUGCAACCCCAUUCACGACUGGAAAUGGACCUACUGGUAGUGACCACACCGAUGGCAAAAGUGAGGUCAGCCAUGAACAGGUUCGUGUCAUGGGAACCCUUACUUCAGAUUGGUGAAUGAUGAUACUUCACCCAGAUUCAAGAGAGAGCUUCCGCCAUAAUGACAGGAGGGGAUCCGGAUCCGUUCCACCACUUGUAGCCCGUAGCUUGCGAGUGGUCUAAUGUUUGGUGUUUAAAGGCCAGCCGAG